AUGCCAAGCCAGCUUGAGAGUGCAAUGGAUGCACUGAUGACAGUUUUCUACAAUUACUCGGGACAUGAUGGAGAUAAAUACAAGCUCAACAAGGGCGAGCUGAAGGAACUCUUGAACAGUGAGCUCACUGACUUCCUCACGUCUCAGAAAGAUCCCAUGCUGGUGGAGAAAAUCAUGAAUGACCUGGACUCUAACAAGGACAACGAGGUGGAUUUCAAUGAGUUUGUUGUGUUGGUGGCAGCUCUGACUGUUGCCUGCAACGACUUCUUCCAAGAGCAACAGAAGAAAAAGAAAUAG